AUGAUUUCCUUUGAAUUAAUUAGAUUUUCAUUAAAAAUUAUAAAUAAAAAGAAGCAAUUUCUAUUCUUUGAAUAUUUUAAUUGUAAAGAAUAAUUUUAAAAUAUAGAAAUUUUUAUUAUUUGUAAUUANUUGGAACGUAAAAUCACAUAAAUUGAUUCAUAUGAAAUAUUCAAAAGAUUAUUAAGACCUAAUAUUCUACUAACUAAUACCUAUAAUUUACCUAUAUUUACUUAGGAACAUAUUAUGGAAUUCAAUAAAUUCAUGACAAAUUAUUUUUACAGGUGAAUUACCUAAUUUAUUCUAGAUAUUAUUCAUUGUAUGAAUUAAGAAUGACAACUUAUUAAGAAGUCAAUAUUUUUAGUAGAUUAAAAGGUGAGAAUCCAGUUCAAAUUGAAAAAAAUGAAGACAAAGAUUCUAUUUAAGAAGAAGAUGAAUUAAAUUUUAAAGAUGUAGAAGUUUAUCUUGAUGAUGAUGUCUAACCUGAACAAGAAGUUAAGAAAAUUAAUGAAAAAGAUGAAGAAUAAAUUGAAAAAUUAUUGGAAUAAUAUAAAUUAAAUUGGAACAAUAGGUUAGAUGGAUCUUAAUUAUUAUAAGAAGCUGAAAAAAUAUUAACAAAGAAAAAAUGA